AGCAUCAAUUAUGCAACAGAUUACCAGCGAGAAGUCACGAAGAAGUGAAACAUGGCGGAUUCGGAAGGCAGACAGGUUGACAGCAUCAAUCAUGCUAUAGGUGAAGAUGGCAAGUUGCACGAAAUUGUACGAGCGAAGACUGAAGGUAAGGAAUUGACCAAAGAAGAAAAGCAACGUCUUAGGAAAGAGAAGAAGCAACAUAAAAAGGGUAAAAAAGAUGACAAAGGUCCUCCGGAGAAGAAGGAGAAGGAGAAAGAGAAAGAGAAAGCAUCUGUUCAAGCUCCAUCAAAGCCGGUCACACAGAGCCCGACACAUAAAGCAGCGGCUCCUGUGCCUGUAAGCACAUCUGCGUCUGAACCUCUUGUGGCCGCAGAGAAGCCGGUGAAGACCAAAGCAGAGCUGCGAGCAGAGCGCCGGGCACGGCAGGACACAGAACGGGCAUCAAAACAGGGCAAGAAGGAAGGGGGGCAGCAGUCCACCUCCAGCAAGCCUAAAGCUACCCCUAGUGAACUUCAACCAGUAGUGAAAAGGUUACCGGAGCACGUUCAGGUGGACGACCCCGCUGCGUUGAAGAAGUUGGCCAAAAAGCUUGAGAGACAGCAGGUUCCUUUGAGGUCCGAUUAUGGCUACAAGGUCAGCCUGUUUUCCCAUCUACACCAAUACAGCCGAAAAAACCCUCCAACCCAGCAAAUCAGCAUCCCUGCCACGGUCAUUCACCCAUCCAUUGUUCGGUUGGGUCUGCAGUACUCUCAGGGCAUCAUAGCAGGAUCCAAUGCUCGAUCUGUGGCCCUACUACAUGCCUUCAAACAGGUUAUUCAAGACUAUAGCACACCUCCGAAUGAGGAGUUGUCAAGGGACCUUGUGAACAAGCUCUCGCCCUAUAUCAGUUUUCUCAGCCAGUGUCGGCCUCUUUCAGCCAGCAUGGGCAAUGCCAUCAAGUACAUCAAGAAGGAAAUUUCAAAUAUAUCCAGUCAAUGCAAAGAAGAGGAGGCAAAAAGGAGACUGCAGGAAUGUAUUGAUAAUUACGUAAAUGAGAAGAUCGUUUUGGCUUCUGAAGCCAUUUCGAAGUAUGCUAUUGAGAAGAUAAGUGAUGGAGACGUCAUUCUUGUUUAUGGCUGCUCUUCACUCGUCAAUCACAUUCUGUGCAAAGCUUUUGAAAAGGAGAGGAAGUUCAGAGUCAUAGUCGUGGAUAGUCGGCCCAGGCUGGAGGGCCGAGAGGCGCUGAGGCGUCUGGUGAAGAAAGGCAUCCGAUGUACUUAUGUGCUCAUAUCUGCCUUGUCCUACAUCCUGCCUGAAGUAUCUAAGGUAUUUCUUGGUGCCCAUGCACUUCUUGCCAAUGGAUAUGUGAUGUCACGUGUGGGAACUUCCCAGAUUGCUCUGGUAGCGAAGGCCUACAAUGUACCAGUGCUGGUCUGCUGUGAGACCUACAAGUUCUGUGAACGAGUGCAGACGGACUCUUUUGUAUCCAAUGAAUUAGAUGACCCUGAUGACCUGAUUGUGACCAGAAAUGGGAAGACCCAUCUAGAGAAUUGGCAGACUGUUAAAUCACUGGGGCUUCUGAACUUGGUGUAUGACGUGACACCACCAGACUUUGUGGACCUUGUGAUUACUGACUUGGGCAUGAUCCCCUGCACCUCCGUGCCUGUGGUACUGCGAGUCAAGAACGUGGAUCAGUGAAGAGCAGACGAACACGGUUCUGCUUCCCUCUCGCAUCUGCACAUGAAAGAGUGUCUGCUCACAGGACUUCUGGCAUGAAAUAAACAUAUCUAUGAAAUGGAACAAGCUUUUCAAAUAAAGCUACGGUUUAUGUCCUCA